GCGGAAAAUCACGUCAAUUUGUAUUACGCACAGGCAUCUGAAUUGCCUCCAGAAAUGUGGGCUACCAAGGUUUAUGGCAUAAAUUGAUAUAUAAGGCGGACACGUCACCAAGACUAUUGUUAUAAAUAGGUGAAUUCUGGCAGACGUGUCCACUCUUCGGUUGUACUGUAUACGUGUUCGUCCCUCUGGUUAGCAGUGUCCAUGGGUCGUUUGCUGAUAUUCCUGAGCUUGGUAACGAUUGUAUGGGGGAAAACUGAACUAAAGGAAGAGAAUGAUGUUGCAGUCCUCACAAAAGAACACUUUGAUCAAGUUCUGGAUGAGUACCAGUACGUUAUGGUGAAAUUCUAUGCUCCCUGGUGUGGACACUGCAAGGCACUUCAGCCGGAGUAUGAGAAGGCCGCAGGAAUAUUAAAGUCGUCCGAUCUUGAUGUUCUGGUUGCCAAAGUAGAUGCAACAGUAGAGACUGAACUGGCGUCUGCGCAUGGUGUGUCCGGCUACCCCACGUUGAAGUUUCGGAAAAAUGGAUCAUGGAUAAGCUACAAUGGAGAACGAACUGCAGAGGCUAUCGUUGACUGGAUCAAGAAUAGGUCACAGCCGGCUCUCCAUGUUAUGAACACCGUGGGGGAGGUUGAGAACUUCGUGAAAUCCGCAGACGUUGUGGUUGUUGGCUUCAUCAAGGAUUCGGGGGGAGACGCCUAUCGCGUGCUAGAGGAGAUUGCUGACGAAAUGGAUGGUAUUCCGUUUGGAGUUAUUGCCUCCCAAGAUGCCUUCGAUAAAUAUGGAGUGAAGAGUGACAUUCUGAUUAGCCUAUUCAAAUCGUUUGACGAGGGCCGUGUUGAUUUUGAACAUCCGGUUGAAAAGGGAACUUUGAGCGAGUUCAUUCAGAUGGAAAGCAUAUCCCUCGUAGUGGACUUCUCGCAAGACGUCGCUGGUAAGGUUUUCGGUAGUCCGGUUCGGAAACAUCUUGUGGCUUUCGUUCCAAAGUCUGGUCCAUACGGCGAGAUGAAAACCAAAAUGGAGACAGUCGCCAAAAAGUUCAAGGGUAGAGUUCAUUUUAUUAUCAUCGAUACGGACAUCGCAGACCAUCUUCGGAUUCUAGAGUUCUUCGGAAUGACCAAGGACGAUGUUCCCGGUUAUCGACUGAUCGACUUGGCGGACGAUAUGACUAAGUUUAAGCCCAGUUCAAACGAGUUCGAUGAACACUUGAUGGAAGCUUUUGUUGACGGCGUUUUGUCUGGUUCCGUGAGACCUUUUCUCAUGAGUCAAGAUAUUCCUGAGGAGUCAAAUGAGCCGGUCCGCGUGUUGGUUGGAAAAAACUACAACGAAAUCACACAGGAUCAGUCGAAAGCUGUAUUCGUCAAGCUCUACGCUCCUUGGUGUGGACACUGCAAGAACUUGGCGCCUAUUUGGGAAAAAGUUGGUGAAGCCUACAGAGACCGAGAUGACAUAAUCAUCGCGAAGAUGGACGCCACCGUUAACGAGGCCGAAGGUUUAAAGGUUCAUAGUUUUCCCACCCUGAAGUAUUAUGCUAAGGGCUCAAGUGAGGCUGUUGAUUACUCCGGUGAGCGAACAUUGGAAGCCCUGAAGGAGUUCGUGGAUUCUGAAGGCAAGAGUGGAACGGCUGGCAAGUCUAAGGAGCCGAAGGACGAGUUAUAGAACUGUACAUAAACAUAAUUUCACGAAACCGGUUACAUUGUAGAAUGCUCUUUUGCUGUAAGUUCUUUCUGAUCUGGUACGCAGUCAAUCCGUAAUUUCUUAUGACUUGCUGGUGCUUUCCCUGUUCGUUCAACUUUUGAACAAUUUGUGUUUGUUGGUUUGUUCGGAACCCACUAUUUCUCAACUUGUAUUUCGUGUUCGUAUGCAAUAAACGAAUAUGGAUCCGUCAU